GCUAUACAAAAUGGCCGUUGUGCCUUGAUUGUUCAGUAGAAAGUCUUGUUAGAAGGAAGUAUUUCCUCAUGAAAGCAAAUAAGAAAACGGUGUAAAAGUGAUUACAAUGGAUAUAUAGAACCUCCUGGAUGAUCGGUGGUGGACAUUCCUAUGAGUCCUUUUAACUGUGUGUGUCUGUAGGCUGAGAUUUUCCUGAAGAGAAAUAUUUUAUGUGUUUUUCGUAUACUCCCAGGAGGUUGAGAAUAUGGAGAAAAGACAUGAGGGCCUUGCGCCAUUCUCCUCUGAUGAGUGCCCUAACAGUGGCGAGGACAGCGACGAAGACGUAAUCACAGAUUAUUUGGGAUCAACUCAUUCCGACUGCAGCAGAGUGCCAAUCGGCACCGAUCUCACAGGGCUUGAUCCUCACCACACAGACAAUCUGAUUGAUUCUGGCUACACCAAAGAUACUACAAACAUCAUGUCGGAGUCCGUCGACGAGCAACAUCAUCGGCGACGCCAACAACAUCCUCAAGAACUAGACUCCGUCGUCCAGAGUCAGCCCGUUCCAUUUGUGCCAAUUAUCAGCGUCACCCCCCACUCACCAGGCUUGGCCAAGCCCUACCUGAUACUGGAGGAUACAGUUCAGCAUUUUCAUGAACUCUAUGACAGUGUCCAACGUAUGAGGGACAUUACCUUAAGUACUUUACCAAAUAAUAAAAGGGCAGAACAGAGGCUGAUUUCAUCCUGUCCAUCCCUUCGUCAUUUGAUUGCCAACGAAGCUGGCACUAGAUCCAGUGAUCAGGACGGUGGCUCCGAUCCCGAUCUCCUGGCGAACUGCUCAACAAAUAGCUCGCCUAGUCACUUUCCAUCCGUAGGACAUCCUCAAACUAUUCAAGGGAUUGAUCGAAGACGGAGCUGGACCGAUCUGGAGGAUUCAAGAUUAGGUCGUAGGUCUUCAGCUCAAAAUCAUCUCCAAGCACAGAAUAUGCGGCAACGGAGUAUCAGCCUGAGUAGCCUGGACAGUGAGAUGGACCUGGAGCUGGACGGAAAGUCCCGCACAGGAUCAUCGAGUGUGGGAAACAGAGCGUGCAGGUCUCAGUCUAGUACGCAUUCCUUGAACGAAGCUGACUUGGUGCAGAAUCCGUUUAAUCAGGGUGAUUUCAAAAAGAUUGCCAUAAAACGUGGCGGCCAACGGCUUGGGGAAGCCGUUGGUCUAAUGCCGGGUGUCAUUGGAGCUCGACUGCCCUUGCAAAAAUCGAUAUCGACGCCGUCAAUCGUGACUCCACCAGGACACGCGACUCACGCCGAAUCAGCCAUCAGAGCAGCACCAUCGCUCACAGCCAGCCGGCACGAAAGAAACGAAAAGGGUAGUGGAAGCGAAACCGAAACCGAGGACCUCCAUACUGCUCAUGGGCACGAUUAUCACGAGGACCUUACACGAGAAGGAACGCCGAAUGUCCAGACGUCCUUGGACGAGCUACUUAACGAUGGUGUCGUUUACGAUGAUCAUCACUCGGAGAAAACUAGAAGGAAGCGUGGCUCCUUAUUCUUUCGCAAGAAAAAGGACAAGAGUGGGAAGAAAGUUAGUCAACUACAAACUCAUCAGUGGAUAACUAUAACAGGAAAUCCUGGUAGUUACGUUUGCGAUUUCUGCAUGAAACAUCUUGUCAACAAGCCGGUAUUACAUUGCGAAAACUGCGGCGUCACUGCGCAUCAGAUUCAAAACUGCAAGGAUCAGCUGAGCCUAGAGUGUACCAAGAGCAAGCACCACUCUAAUAAGGCUUCAUCCAAGUCGAUGUCGAGCGUCUCUAGUAUUUCCGUUAGUGUGAAUAUGAAAAGAGGAUCCACCUCGUCGUUACCCUUGCCAUCAUCAACGGGUAGUGGAAGGGAAAUUAACAGCAAGAAAGCCGUCACGAGCUACAGUCCUUGGCGGCGAGUCGCCACCAAGCUCGGAGUCAACCAAACUAUUAACGAGGAGAAAGAUGGGGACGCCAAUCAGCACCGGGAUAUUUCGGGGGGUUGGGAAGAAUUUGACUUUGGUGACGAGUCGCACCAAUUCACCAUAGUCGACCUGGAGGGUCUAGAUCCUGAAUUGGGUCUAGGUAGAGAGGAGCCUGAUUCCUGGAGCGCCGCAAUAGGUAGAAACAUCGCCCUGAGACUCGUCGACAACUGCGAACGCGAGGUGAAGCGUCAGGAACAUAUAUACGAGUUUGUUCUUACCGAGAAACACCACUGCUUGGUACUGCUUGCCAUGGAUAGGAUAUUCGUGGAGGGCCUUCGUAAGCAUUUCCGUCUGGGUCCACCUGAUCUGGAGCGCAUGUUCCCCAGACUGCGCGAUUUGACGAAUAUUCAUCUACGAUUUCUCCUGAAGCUGAGACGACGUCAGAGCGCAAGCGCAGUAGUGCCAAGUAUAUCUGAUAUACUUGUAGAUCAGUUCUCCGGUGAGAAUUCAUUGCGCAUGAAAAGCGCAUAUGGGGAGUUUUGCAGUAGACAUAGGGACGCAGUUGAUGCUUACAAGUACUAUCUAAGACAUGAUCCCAGGUUUGCACGAUUCGUGAGCCACUGCCAGACCAAUCCUCUGCUUAAGAAGAAAGGCAUUCCGGAGUGUAUUCUUUUUGUUACUCAACGUCUCACAAAAUAUCCUUUGCUCGUGGAACCACUGAUCAAAACUGGCUUAUCCACGGAAGAGGGUGAGAGUUUGCGUAAGGCUCUUGCACUUGUCAAGGAGAUCCUGGGCGACGUGGACGCCUGCGUCGCCAACAAAGAGCGCGAAGAUAGGAAAUUAGAAAUUUAUAAUAGGAUUGACGCGAAAUCUUUUGCGACUUAUCGCGACGCAAAGUUCAAGAAAUCGGACAUAAUGGGCAGCAACAGGCACCUCAAAUUUGAGGGUACCGCUUGUUUGAUGCAAGGACGCGGGAAAAUGGCAUCCGUCGUGGUAGUCGUCCUGACCGACGUUCUCUUUUUUCUGGUCGAGACAAAGGACCAAAAAUACGCUUUCUUCGCUCCCGACAACAAAGCUGGCGUGGUAUCGCUGCAGAAGCUCCUGGUGAGGGAAAAGGCUGGACAAGAAUCUCGUGGAAUUUACUUGAUAAGCAGCAAUCCCGCGGAGCCAGAGAUGUUUGAACUAAAGAUUCAGAAGCCGAAGGAUAAGCAUCUCUGGAUUCAGGCCAUCAGAUCUGCCGUUGAGGCCUGUCCCCAGGAUACGGAUAAUCCCAACAGCUCCGAAUUACGUGACAAUAGGUCCUCUUCAAUUUCCAUGCUUUCUGUUGAGGAGAGGCAGCGCAUUGCCGAAGCCAAGCAGUCACAUAUUCUCAGCAUAGUCGAUGAGUUACGGAAGAAAGAUACCGAGCAAGCCCUCCUAUUGGAGGAGAGAAUGGGUCUCCAGUUGAGACUACUUUAUACCGCUAGCUUCUGGAGUGGAAAUGAAAGUGAAUCGGAGAAGGCGGAAAAGGCUGACAAGGCACUUCCGAAUUACACCCGAUUGGUGCGCAACGAGGGCAUUGAUUCGGCUCAACUUUGGCAGGAGGUUGUAGUGGCUGUUCAGGAAGCCACGAAAUUAGCCAGUUCCUUGUCGUAUACUACAGGUGGCGCUACCCUAUCAAGAAGCUUGAGUUCCGCGGGAGAACGUCACAGCGAAGCCUACGUCGCGCCAACUUUAUGCGUUCCACGUAGAGCAGAAACAUUUGCCGGCUUUGAUCACAACAAGGAACGAUAUCCCUGGCGAGAUUCAAAAAUUGUAAAUACAAUAGUACCGCUACCAAAGAUAAGAGAAGUGAUACCAGAAGAAGGUAUUAAGGAAGAGGUUGGACCGGAAAUUAAUACAGAUCAGCAGUUAGCAGCUAUACGUUUGUCCCAUUAUGUCUAUACGCUAUUGUGCAUAAUCAGUAACCAGAUGACAACGAUUGAUAGCCUACAAGCUCAAUUGGCAGUUUGCAAGGAGGGCAGCACGAACACGACCAAGACUUCGGGAAGUCGACCAAAUCCAAAUCGACAACUGGAGGAAUUACGCAAUCUUCAAGAUCAACUCAGCCGUGAGAAAGCUGCCUUCAGAGCAACAACUCAGCAAGAACGUACUCAAUUGGACGAAGAACGUGCUGAGCUUUCCAGACGCCGAGAACAAUUGGCUGCUGAACAACGCGAUGUUGCACAACAGCGUGAUCAAUUGUUUAGGCGUUUGGAGGCUCUUGAACGUCAAGGGGUUUCUCUAUUGCCUCCAUCUACAGCAGGUCCGGCACCAGUGCAUAUUUCUCACGCCAUUCAGGACACCGCGCAGUCCAGAAAGACCCAGGCAGAGGGCAAGCGUAUUCCAAUGAAUUUGAUUAGUGCCACUAAUCAACAGAAAGUUCAAAGCAGUUUGCCACCUAUCAAGCAGCAACUGCCGCUAAAACUGGCUAGCGGUAGCAAUAACAGUAACAGCAGAAGCAACUCUGCAAGCAACAAUAGUCCGGAUCGUCACUCAAGAACCGAAAGUAGUCCAGCCACAGCGACGAGCUCAAUAUUCUCAUCAUCGGAUUUUGGAAACUACCAGAGCCACAACAGCCAAACUCAUCCGCCUAAUAAAUCACUAAGGAUCUCACGAUCACCAUCUCAUCAUCAACGUCACCACCAGCAACAGCAACAACUCGCUCAACUGCAGCAACAACAGCAGCACCAGCACCAGCACCAGCAACAGCAACAACAGCAGCAGCAGCAGCCGCCCCAAGAGGAAGAGGUGAUAUUCUUCUGACGUUUUUUCUAUCGAUUCGGUCGCAAAUACUCCCGUCCUUCGCGUUCAACAGCGUCGUCAACGCCGACAACAACGCCGUCUACAUCGCCGUCUACAUCGCGUAGCCAAUCGCGUGAAUCUCAACGCCGAAACCGUGUCAAGUCAUUCUGACUCUGGACUUGCUGCCAGCAGAGGAAGCAGUGAGAAGGUCGAUGAGGCGGUAGAGGAGAAAAGAUAGAAUUAGGAGAAAGAGAGAGAGAGAGAGAGAAAGAGAGAGGGGGGGGAUAAAUAAUGCCAGAAGUUCCAAUUUCGAAUCAUUCCAACCCUAACUGAUAUACCUAUAGAGUGUGUAUAAUACGUGUAUAUUUCCUUCGAUAUACUGUGACCCUCUUCUUCGGUGUAGAAAUGCACUCAAAAUAAGUGUUAUACUGUAAUUGUCACUAGGUCCAAUGCGAUUUGAGCGCGUUAAGCAUAUAGGCAACAACGAGAUGAAGGUGUAACCGAGAGGAAAAAUAUGUAAAUUAACAAUGUCGCAAUUCAACUGCGAAAUUAGACGACAAUAGUUGCCAAUCGUAUGGCAAUAAUUCUUGAGGUCUCUUUUGCUCUUGCUUGGAUGAUCUAUUGACAAUAUGAGCAAGAAAUGAUGUCAAUAUGACAAUUACCAUAAAAGAGAAGGAGUCGAAGAAACCUUAGGAUAUGAAUGAGAAUAUUUUUAGCCAAUCAGGAGUAUCAGACAGGAGUAUCGUGUUCCGUGUCAGAUGACGAAUACUCUUCCAUAAAUAAAAAGUAAAAAAACAAUAAGGCGAUUGAUUGUAAGGCGGGUGGAAAUAGAGAAGCAAAAAGAAAUUCUAUUAGUGAAGUAUUUAAACGGUAAACGGCUUGUUGCGAGUUGUAUACACGAUAACAGUUAGAGAGAGAGAUAGAGGGGGGGGGGGAAGGAGGAGGAGGAGGAGAGGGAUAGCUAGAUCUUGUUGACUCUUCGAUCGUUAAUAUGAAUAUGAUAUUACGCCGACUGACAGUUCUAGAUAUGAGAUUUUAGACGGGUCUUUUGAGACGGAAAUAUAAAAAGGAGAGAAAGGGAGAAUGAGAAGAAGCGGCAGAUACUUUGUUGCCGUUUGCUAGCGUUUAAUGGACAUAUAGACUAUAAUACAAUACUACAUGAAUAUAUUUUAGCGCUAACACGAAAGUGCGUUGAAAAUCUCCGGAACCUUACUCCGAUUUAAUAAUGAUAAUCAUUACAAUGACACAUAUAAUGAAUUACAGUGUGGUCUAUGUGUAGAUAUAUAUAUAUAUAUAUAUAUAUAUAUAUAGAUAUAUAUAUAUGUUAUAGAGAUAUAUCGGUUAUAAGUAUUCUUAUACCGUAAAGCAAUUUAAAAAUAUUUUAGCAUGCUCGUCCGCCCCUUGAACUGGGUACAGCUGAUCCCUUUAAUAGUUAACGGACUCGUGAUCGGGACUCGGCGAUAGAAUGUCGAGGGGUUUCAUUAUAUAGAUUAUAUUUUAUUCUCCCUGUGUGUGUGAGAAAGAGAAAGAAAGAGAGUAGGAAAUUCACGGAUGGAUUACGCAUACAUACAAUAUUACGUUUUUUCCUCUCGUUUCCACCAAUUUACGUCUUUAAGAAUCCGCAACUGCUGUGCCAAUCAAAAGUCAUCAGUCUUUUCCGUAUUUUUAUUUUCAUUAUCAUCGGUAUGAUCAUUCUUGCGUACACCUUAUUCUAGCGUUUCCGGUAUCCAUAGCUGCCAGUUAUUUCGGGAUUUAUACUGUAUUUGGACCCAUACUCCGUCAAAUUGUUUUGUAGUUUAUUUUUCUCCUUGUAGCGUUUCCAAUUCUUUCCGAGAAAAAUGAACUCGAAUACGCGUACAAAAAAGUUCAUAUAUGCAGCAUUCUUCAUUAUCGUUAUUAUUCGCAUCGAAAAAUGUUUUAUUAGAGUCCGCCGGUUGUCUUAAUGUCCCUUAUAAAUCGUUAAGUGACUUCGUUAUUAAUGUCCUUAAUCCUUACCUAUUGCUUUUCGGUUAAAAAGAUAAAUUAGCGAAAUCGGAGAGCUGAGAAAAGAUAAUAUGGUAGCAAAUGGAAUAAACAAAGAAAACCCAUCGACAUUAGAUCGUUUCAUUGAUAGUUAAAUAUAACGAAUAAACUUCACGUAAAUGUGAGAUAUGAAAAAAGAAUAAGAAACAUAAUAAGUAAAAGUAGAAAGCGUAUACGUACCUUAUUUGAAGCUCAAGUAUACGUUAAAUAAUAGAUAAAUAAAUAAAUAAUUCCAAUAUCAUGAAAUUGAAUUCUAUUUGCUUCGGUGUUGAUAGUUUUCGUUUUCUCGUGAUGAAGAAGAAUCAUAUUUAAUAAUUUUGAUUUACUGCGUCAAGCUUCUUCGUGUUCCCGCUGUAGCCGUGAUAUAAUACAAAAAUCCUUAAGAAAUAAGAUGAAAGACGAAAAGGAAGGAAGAUUAAGAAAGUAGGAGUCGUAACUAAAGAUUAAGGAGAUUCGGUAAUUAUAUUCAUAAUAGUAACAGGGAAGCACGGAUUAAAAAGGGAGUAAAAAACAUUCCAAGAUUUUUGGUUCAAAACUAAACGAGUGAAAAUAUCAGCUAACCUCGACAUUAAAACCAAAAAUCAUUACAUCUAGCGUACAAAAAAAGAAAUAUUGAAUUUUAACGUUAUUCAUUUUUAUAGGUUGAGUAUAUCUAUAUGUAUAGUGGAAAUUGACACUUUUAGAUUCUUAUAUCUCAAAAACUGUAUGGUAAUCGUAUUCGAAUUUUUCACAGGCAAAGAUUAUGUUUUUGUCUAAUAUAUAGAACAAAUGUAGAAUUUUGUCUUGAAUAAUGUGUGAUCACCGAAUCUCCUUAAGGCAAUUUGGAAGUAAAAUAAAAGAAAAGUCUUUAUGAAAAGGGAUGGUCGAUCGACAGAAUUGAGGUGAAACGCGUGCGUGUGAGGAGGCUUUUACCGAAUAACAAAAUAAUUAAAAGAAGAAGGAAUAAUAAGAUUACAAAUAAUAAUGAUGAUGUUAAUAUACGUAUAGCGAGUAAGCUUCUCUCAAUAGAUCGUGGUGACAAUAGACCCCCCUUUAACCGUAUUAUUCUUCCUCGUGCGUGAAUGCGAAUAAAUAUUGCGAGUGCGUGUGGCGAGAGGAAAAAAGAGAACAGGGAUGAAGAAAAGGAAGAGAUAAGCCAAAGAGGCAAGUUCAAGGGAGGAAGAGAGAGAGAGAGAGUGAAUGCGAGUCGCGAGAAAGUUUGUUCCCACCCAAGAAAAAUAUAAAAAAAAAAAAAUAAAAAUAUCCCGUCGUAUUUCUGUGACGAAAAUUCAAGUACCUUUUUGUGCAAGUCGACCUCAUUGACAU